AUGACUCGGGACAAGACAGCCCGGUACAGUGACAGGGGAGAUGACGUCCAAGUCGACCUGGCCGAGGUUGCAGACGAAGAAGCCCAACUGUUGGGCGACGAGGAUUAUGAGCAGUUCGAGCUGGACGAUGGGUCCCGUCCGGUCCCCAGAAAACCCACACCACCUCAUGACAGACCAAGAUCAAGAGGACUCUUGAUACGACGUCGUAGCCCAAAAUGGCUCGCCUUCCUUUACGGCCCUGACCCGCCCAAGAUUCAAACCUUCAAGCCCCUAUUCCCGUCCGUCCAGGAGCUCCCCGUCAGGUGGCUCGAAAAGACGCUACAACACCCCUGGCAACGAGCUGUCUUGUUGUUGGUGUUUCUGCUGGCUUGGGCUGCGUCGCUAGCCGUCCCUCUGAUCUUGAGUAAGGGAACAGCCACCGACGCAUCCGGAAUCGCAAUCCGCCACAUCGACUGCGUCGACACGCUCUGGAAGCGCAACAACGAGUGUGGCCUCGACGGCGUCGAUUGCCGCCCCUUCUCCAACGCGUCGUUUGCCUUCCGCUGCCCCGCCGACUGCGCCAGCGUCCGCGUGCUCAACCCGCACCACGUCGGGCGCCAGGACGUCAACUUCCGCCCUCUGGUCAUCGGCGGCGGGGGACAAGCGCCCUACCGCGGCGACUCGUUCCUCUGCGGCGCCGCCAUCCACGCGGGCGUCAUCGACGACGCCAAGGGGGGCUGCGGCGUCGUGACGCUCACGGGGGAGUACUACCAGUAUUUCGCCUCCUCCCAGCACGGCAUCGACUCGAUCCCCUUCGACUCGCACUUUCCGCUCUCCUUCACCGUCACCGCCGACCCGUCCAUCCACUGCACGGCCCCGGAUCCGCGCUGGACCGUCUCUCUCCCGCUCUCCCUCCUCUUUACUAUCUGCCUCUCCCUCUGCACCACCUCCCCAACCCUCGUGUUCUUCACGACCUUCCUCGGCAUUUUCACCCAUGUCGCUCUCGUCUCGGACCCGCCCAAUUUCUCCGCCCUGUCCUCCACCACCUUUUUACCUUCCCUCAUAUCCUCCUACCUCGCCCGCCUGCUCCCGGCCGCCUUCGUCGCGGCCAUCCUCUACCGCACCACCUGCUUUCUUCUCCAUCGGACUCACCCAAACAUUCCCUCUGCGUGUGGGAUAUGGCUGACUCUUAGGUAUAGGGGGUGGUUUGCCGAGAAGCCGCUGGAAGAGCAUGUGUUCUCGUGGACGAGGAGAGUCGGAGGGGUCGUGGCGGACGAGUAUUUCCGGUUUGGGUUCGUCACGGAGGGGGGGAGGGGGUUGGACUAUACCGAGGCCGGGACGUGGUAUGUGAAUGGGAGUUGGAGUCAGGGGGCGGGAUAUUGGUAA